AUGCUGGGAGGCGGCUCCGGGGCCCGGGAGCGCGAGGCGGAGGGCGACGGGGCGGAGGCUGUUCCUGCGCCGCCUGCCAUUGAGUUCCCGGCCGACGGCUCGGACCCCAAGUAUGAUGAAUCUGAUGUCCCAGCAGAACUCCAAGUGUUAAAAGGACCCCUACAACAGCCGACUUUCCCUUUUGCGGUUGCAAACCAACUGUUGCUUGUUUCUUUGCUGGAACACUUGAGCCAUGUGCAUGAACCAAACCCUCUUCGUUCAAGACAGGUGUUUAAAUUGCUUUGUCAGACCUUUAUCAAAAUGGGACUGCUGUCUUCUUUUACCUGUAGUGAUGAGUUUAGCUCACUGAGACUACAUCACAACAGAGCUAUUACCCAUUUGAUGAGGUCCGCCAAAGAGAGAGUUCGUCAGGAUCCUCGUGAGGAUAAUUCUCAUAUCCAGAAGAUCAGAUCAAGGGAAGUAGCCUUCGAAGCACAGACUUCACGUUACCUAAAUGAAUUUGAAGAGCUUGCUGUCUUAGGAAAAGGUGGAUACGGAAGAGUGUACAAGGUCAGGAAUAAAUUAGAUGGUCAGUAUUAUGCAAUUAAAAAAAUCCUGAUUAAUGGUGCAACUAAAACAGAUUGUAUGAAGGUACUGCGGGAAGUGAAGGUCCUGGCCGGCCUUCAGCAUCCUAGUAUAGUGGGCUACCACACUGCUUGGAUAGAACAUGUUCACGUGGCCCAAACACAAGAUAGAAUUUCUAUUCAGUUGCCAUCUUUGGAAGUGAUCUCCGACGAGGACGACGACAGUCAGCUGCCACUUAGGCAUCAUUCCGACUUAGAAGAGAAUUUCGCAUCCACUGAGGAAUCUUCGGAAAACUUAAGUUUGUUGGGGCAGACGGAGGUGCAGUACCACCUGAUGCUGCACAUCCAGAUGCAGCUGUGCCAGCUCUCGCUGUGGGACUGGAUAGUCGAGAGAAACCAGCGGGGCCAGGAGUACGUGGACGAAUCUGCAUGUCCCUAUGUUAUGGCCAGUGUUGCAACAAAAAUUUUUCAAGAACUGGUGGAAGGUGUGUUUUACAUACACAACAUGGGAAUUGUACACAGAGAUCUGAAGCCUAGAAAUAUUUUUCUUCAUGGCCCUGAUCAGCAAGUAAAAAUAGGUGACUUUGGUCUGGCCUGCACGGACAUCAUACAGAAGAACACAGACUGGAUCAAUAGAGAUGGGAAGAGAAUGCCCACGCACACUUCCAGAGUGGGUACCUGUCUGUACGCCUCCCCUGAGCAGUUGGAAGGAUCCGAGUAUGAUGCCAAGUCAGAUAUGUAUAGCUUGGGUGUGAUCCUGCUGGAGCUCUUUCAGCCGUUUGGAACAGAAAUGGAGCGAGUGCAAGUUUUAACAGGUUUAAGAACUGGUCAGAUACCUGAAUCCCUCAGUAAGAGGUGUCCUGUACAAGCCAAGUAUAUCCAGCUCUUAACUAGAAAGAACGCAUCUCAGAGACCGUCUGCUGUUCAGCUGCUGCAAAGCGAACUUUUCCAGAAUUCUGCAAACGUUAACCUCACUCUACAGAUGAAAAUAGUAGAGCAAGAAAAAGAAAUUGAAGAACUGAAGAAGCAGCUGAGUCUCCUUUCUCAGGACAGAAGGGCUAAGGACGACACGAAGGACGGGAGUGUGCCCGUCUCGCCUUCAUCAGGCUCUGUAAAUGUGACCUUGGACUUCUAAUCCUUCAGUCAACUGGAAUGUAAAUUUUUAGUCUUUAUUAGGGUAUGGAUGGUAUACUU